GGAAAUGUAGUUCCUGCAACUGUGACGUCACAGAGAGCCGUCCAGGAAAUCGGGAUCCAGUUGUCAGUCUCUACAAGUGGGUCUUCCUCAAAGUUGGGUGUGAGCCCUGCCCUGCUGCAUCUCCUGCUGCGUCUCUGACUUGGAGGAAAUGCUGUCCUUCUGGGACGUGGCCAUUGAGUUCUCUCCAGAAGAGAGGGAAUGCCUGGAGCCUGCUCAGUGGAAUCUGUACAGGGAUGUGAUGUUGGAGAAUUACAGCAACCUUAAUUUCCUGGGUCUUGCUGUCCCUAAGCCACACCUGGUAAAGUUUCUGGAGCAAGGACAUGAGUCUUCAGGAGUGAAGGCACAAGCACGAACCACCAUGCCCCCAGAGUUGGACAGCCGACUUAUGCUAAGAGGAUCUCUAUACUAAAGUGAGCAUUGUUGGGUUCAUGAAACCUAACUCACAAUUGUAUCACAGAGACCCAGGCAUGACAGAGGCUCAACAAUUUCAGUUAUGAGGAUGAGGACAAUUUGGGGGUGGGGAGUUGGAUAAAAUCAGACAAACUGAAGUCACUGUGGAUAGUUCAUUCCCCAUUGAUCAUAGGGAAGAUUCAAAGCAUUAACAUAUUAUAGAAGAGGGGGGGCCUGGAGACAUGGCUUAGAGGUUGAGAGCACUGGCUCUUCUUCCAGAGGUCCUGAGUUGAAUUGCCAGCAACAACAUGGUGGCUCACAACCAUCUGUAAUGAGAUCUGGUUCCCUCUUCUGGCCUGUAGACAGA